GAUCAACCUUUAAUUUCAUAUACACUGUCAUUUUUAAUUUACUGAGAAUGUUACAUAAAGAAAUGUUCCGGUAUGUUUGUAUAAUUAUGAGGGAAAUUAAAGCAAAGAGGCUGCUUAAACCUAAUAAGAUAGAAGUCAGUCAGAGUGACAGAUGUAAAUCUCUAUAAUGUGACUGUUCACUAAUGCUAUGGGGGUCCAGAGAGCGUCAUGAUGAAUGUUGAGUGAGUUUUGACUGCUGUCUUUGGCUAUAAAGACAAGAAAAAAUUACGUUUUUAAGUUGUUUAUCUGUUGUACUAAUGGCUAAAAAUCAGUUGAACCAGUUUAUUAAAAGUUCAACUAUUUUAGCAGAAUCCAUUUUGUGAAAGUGAACGAGUGGGGAAAAUCUGAACAAACAUUAGAAUUAAAAGACAAAUCCGAUGGCAUAUCUUAAUUACCUGCGUGACGUUUAUGUGAUGUUCAUGGUUGAUAUAAUGUGAAUGCAUUUGAACACAUUUUAAUCCAUUUUUGAACAUGUAUAUAAUUAUACAGCUUAUUUGAACAUUAAUUCUAUGUGUUCGUGGAGUGAGGUUUCAGAAAUGAGUCUUCAUGAGGAGAGAGAGGAGGGGAAUAAAGCAUCAUCUCCAGAACCCAGCUGUGUGUCUCUGAAGAGCAAUGAGUCCAUUGGACAUCCCCCUAAUAUCAGCGAUGCAGAGUCCAUUGGACAUCCCCCUAAUAUCAGGGAUGCAGAGUCCAUUGGACAUCCCCCUAAUAUCAGGGAUGCAGCAGUGACCCCUGACCCUGCAGAUGAGUUUAGACCCGAGAAAUGUCAUCCAGACCUGCAGACACACACGCUGCUGGAGAAGACUGCAUACCUACAAAGAGUCAAAGACAAACACAAAACUAGCAUGAAGAACAAAUAUGAGAUUUUUUUUGAAGGACUUAAACGACAAGAGAAUCAAACCCUCCUGAAGAGAAUUUACACACAGCUGUACAUCAUAGAGGGAGAGAGUGAAGGAGCGAAUGAAGAUCAUGAGGUUUCAUACAUGAAGAGAAAUCCCAGAAGAACACAAGACUUACAAGACACUCCAAUCUACUGCAAUGACAUCUUUAAACCCUUACCUAUCUCUCAAAACCAAGAGAAGAUAAAGAGUGUUCUUACUAAAGGCAUCGCUGGAAUUGGAAAAACAGUCUCUGUGCAGAAGUUCAUUCUGGAUUGGGCCGAGGGAACAGCCAAUCAGGACGUAGAUUUCAUGUUCGUGCUUCCCUUUCGAGAGCUGAACUUGAUUCAAGACGGUCUUCAUCAGUACAGUCUUCACAAACUUCUGCUGGACUUUCAUCCUGAACUUCAAGAUGUAGACUCACAGAUUUAUGAGGAGUGUAAAGUUGUGUUCAUCUUUGAUGGUCUUGAUGAAAGCAGAAUGACACAGAUGUUUUCAGACGAUAGUGAGAAAGUUUCUAAUGUGACUGACGCUUCCACAGUGGCUGAGUUGAUGUCAAACCUCAUGAAAGGAGAUCUGCUUCCCUCUGCUCUCAUCUGGAUCACCUCCAGACCAGCAGCAGCCAAUCAGAUCCCCUCCAAAUACAUCACGCGUGUGACAGAAAUCCAGGGAUUCAGUGAUCCUCAGAAGGAGGAAUAUUUCAGGAAGAGAAUCAGCGACGAGCAUCAAGCCAGCAGAAUCAUUUCCCAUAUUAGAAGAGCGAGAAGCCUACACAUCAUGUGUCACAUACCAGUCUUCUGUUCGAUCUCAUCCACUGUGCUUCAGAAGAUCCUGACACAAGAUCACAGUGAAGAAAUCCCCAAAACUCUGAGUGAAAUGUACAUCCACUUCCUCCUGAUUCAGAUGAAGAUGAAGAAUGAGAAGUAUGAUCCAGAGAGAGAUCCAGAGAUCAACAGAGAAGUGAUUGUGAAACUGGCUGAAGUGGCUUUCAAACAGCUGAUGAAGGGCAAUGUGAUGUUCUAUGAGGAGGAUCUGAGAGAGUGUGGGAUAGACAUCACUGACGCCUCGCUGUAUUCUGGCAUCUGUACUGAGAUCUAAGAGGAAUCUGUCAUUCAUCAGAGGAAGAUCUACAGCUUCAUACAUCUCAGUCUUCAGGAGUUCCUCGCUGCUUUCUACCUGUUUUACUCGCAUGUAGUGAACAAUUUUGAAGUGCUCAAGUGUUUUUUGGGUCCUGUAAGAUAUAAGUGGUACAUUGGGGGUAAUUCUUCAUAUGAGAUACUACAGUCAGCGGUUAAUACAUCCUUGCGGAGUAAAAAUGGACGUCUGGAUCUUUUCCUGCGAUUCCUGCUGGGCAUCUCACUGGAGUCCAAUCAGAGACUACUACAGGAUCUACUGACACACACAGAGAACACCUCGGAGAGUGUCAGCAAAGCCAUAGAGUUCAUUCAUGAUCGAAUAAGAGUUGAUAAUCUCACAGCUGACAAAUGCAUCAAUCUGUUCCUCUGUCUGAUGGAGAUGAAUGAUCAGACUCUGUUCGGAGAGAUUCAGGACAAAAACGAACUCACUCCUUCUUAUUGUUCAGCAAUAGCCUACAUGCUUCAGAUGACUGAGGACGUGCAGGAUGAGUUUGAUCUGAGGAAAUAUCACACAACACAGGAGGGUAGAAGACGACGCAUACCAGCUGUCACCAACUGCAGAAAAGCUCUACUUGCUGGCUGUAAUCUUACAGAUCAGUUCUAUGAAUGUUUGGCCUCAGCGCUUCAAUCGUCAAACUCUCUGAGAGAGCUGGACCUGAGUAACAAUAAUCUGCAGGAUUCAGGAGUGAAGCUCCUCUCUGACGGACUGAAGAGUUCACACUGUCAACUGGAGAUACUGAGACUGGUUUUCUGCAAUCUGCAGGAUCUGUGUUGUGAAAGUUUGGUCUCAGUUCUACAGUCCUUAGACUCUCUGAGAGAGCUUGAUUUGAGUAACAACGACCUUCAGGAUUCAGGAGUGAAGCUGCUCUCUGAUGCUCUCAAGAGUCACAGCUGUCAACUACAGAUACUGAGGUUGUCAGGCUGUAUGGUGACAGAUGAAGGUUGUUAUUAUCUGGCUUCAGCUCAGUUCAACCCGUCACACCUGAGAGAACUGGAUCUGAGCUACAAUCAUCCUGGACCCUCGGGAGUUCAGCUGCUCUCCGAUAGACUCAAUGAUCCAAACUACACACUCAGCAAACUCAGUGUGGAUCAUGGGGUUGAGCACAUGAUUACAUCAGAUCUACACAAAUACGCCUGUGAUCUCACACUGGAUCCAAACACAGCAAACAAUCGACUCAUUCUGUCAGAGAAUAACAGAACAGUGACAUCCAUUAGUCCCCGAUCUUGGCGGAUGCAGGAAUAUCCUGAUCAUCCAGAGAGAUUUGAUUGGUAUCCUCAGGUUCUGUGUAGAGAGAGUCUGACUGGACGCUGUUACUGGGAGGUUAAAUUCAGCAUGAUGGAGGAUGUAGCAGUGACAUAUAAAGGAAUCAGCAGGAAAGGAUGUGAACGUGAAUGUAAAUUUGGAUGUAAUGAAAAGUCCUGGAAACUGAAAAUACGGGACUCUGGAAUCACUGCUUGUCACAAUGAUCAGAGUGUUGCUGUACACGCUCCUUCAUGGUUCAACACAGUAGCUGUGUUUCUGGACUGAUCGGCUGGCAGUCUGUCCUUCUACAGCGUCUCUAAAAAACAGAGACUCACACUCCUACACACAUUCAACACAACAUUCACUGAACCUCUCUAUGCUGGAUUUGCAGUACACUGUAUCUCUACAGGUGGUCAGUGUGAGAUUAUAUCACCUUCUGCGAGACCAGCUGAGUGAUGGAAAAACCUCACCUUUCUUCUUUCACUUCAGCACAUGGACAUUCGCUGUAUUAUAAUGACCUUUGUCUUGACAACACAUGUUCAAUGUAAUUAUGUGUGAUGUACACAACUAUAAACUGUUUCCCUCUCAUUUUUGUUUAGAAGUCUAUAGACUUUAGAAAUGUAUGUGUUUGAUUUUGAUCUGGUGCUGUUCAGAAAACAAUAAAUGAAAAGUAACAAAAGGUGUAUC